AUGUCGACUCCAUCUCCAUCUAGCGCCUUCCAAACUUCAGCUGCUUGGUUCGAGAGACCGGCAUCAUUCACCUCCUCUGCCAUUCACCUCGCCACACCCUUCGCUGCCAUGAAGAUCCUUGUAUUCGCCACAGUUAUAUCAGUGUGCUUGGCUGACAGACUGCCCAGUCACUUCGGCUAUGCCUCUCCACAACCUUCUUCAGCAUUUAGCCACAGGCCGCGACCUGCAUCUCGACCUUCCUUUUCCGCCCCAAGACCUGCUCCCCAACCUACCUACUCUGCCCCGAGGUCUGCUCCCGGUCCAGUAGUGCCCAUCCUUGUGGACGACCGCGUCCACCCCGACGCCGGCGCUUACAGCUUCAACGUUGAGACCGGUGACGGCAUCUCACGCCAGGAAAGUGGAUCACCUAUUCCCGCUAAGGAGGGUCCCGUUACGGCCAUGUCUGGCUCCUACAGCUUCACUCUUCCUGACGGACAACUGUUUGAGCUUCGCUUCGUAGCUGACGAGAACGGCUUCCAACCUCAGUCGCCCUUCCUUCCCGUGGCGCCAGCCUUCCCUCAUCCCAUCCCCGCCCACGCCCUUAGGCAAAUCGAGCGCGCCCGUCAAGGACCUUCUCAGGGAUACAGCGCCCCUUCUCGUCCCUCUCGCCCUUCUAAUUCCUAUGGCUUUCCUCAGUAGACAUUUUUAGUCGCCAUAAUGGCACGAUAUUAUUUCAAGUUAUAUUAUUUGUAACGAUCUCAAUGCAUUGUACAGUAUUGUUGCACUUAACAAAUUGUUUCGA